AACAGCAGCAGCAGCAGCAUGCUUGGCUGGAGCCUAAAACAGCCCGCAGCAGCGCUCAGUCUCCUGCGUCUUUAACCUGUCGGUGGUGGAAUACUUGAAGACACACGGAUAUCGACAUCUGUGGGAAUCACGAGAACAUUUGCACUUGUGUUCAUUAUUUUAGGUCUUUUUUUUUUAACGCUUUUGUGUUACCAGGCAGGACGAAGUCCGAGCAGCCAUGACAGGUUAUCCUGCAUCUACCAGAUACUUCCAGAGCCACCUCUGACCAAACUGGAUUUAGCGAACCCAAGAUGUCAGCGUGCAAUGACUUUGCAGAACACGUGUGGAAACCCGGCUCUUGUAAGAACUGCUUCCACCCGUUCAGCGCACACAAGACCGUUGGCUUCCCGGAUGGCGGCGCACCAGCUGCGUGUUUGAAGAGCAGCCCGGGAGGUGAUGAGGAAGCUUUAGUGACUGCGCCUUCACCCUACAGCAAGCCGACGAUAGCUGUGAAACCUACUAUGAUGAGCCUCGACACCAGCGAUGCUGCAGAUGUCAACAUGAACAUUGAGCAGGAGGAAAACACAAAGAGCCCAACUGAGAGGCUGCGCCUCAAGCAGCUCUUAGACCUGUCGUCUCUUUACAUUGAUAACAGCGGCUGCAAUAAGGCCCACAGAGACGCAGUUCUUCAGAGUGCCGACACCAAGAAAGACUGCAACAACGGCUUCUCUUUGACUCCCUUGUCCCCCACUAUCCUGCCCACUGACUCUAAGAUCAUCAGCAAUAUCUAUGUUACCCAGGAGGAGGGUCGAGGUUCUCAGAGUUUAAAGAAAAAUGCCAAUGAAGACUCCUGCAGGCAGCAGAAUAGUACAUCCGCUCUCCGAACCAAAAGCACUUUUAAUGGAAAUGUUGUGACUACCAGGUCGAAUUAUCAAGAAUGUCAUCAGGCAGCUGUGGAGAUUCCCUUUUCACUGGAUAUUGUCCCUACUAGCCCUGCCACAGUCCACAGCAAUGGUAUGAGCAGUGGGAGUGCGACGGGUGUUACCAUAAAGACAUCCAGCACUUCUACCACUUCCUGUGUGGAUGUUGCUAGCCCUAAAUCUCUUUGUCCCAUCCUGUCCAAACAGAGCAACCUAUCAGACUCUUCUUAUUCUUAUCGUAGCAGCACAGAUUCACUUCCUGGACCGGAAGGCUCAGGAGCAAGAAAAGACCGCUCGAGGAGCCCCCAAAGCCCACCAUCUAUGGGUAGCCCACAGUCAACUCCCACCUUUUUCAGUGGACAGAAAAGCUCAGAGCCAAUUUAUGCUGAGAGCACUAAGAAAAAGCGCAAGCAGCAAGAAAACGGACUGCAAUCUCAACCGGAGUCCCCAAACCAGACUGAGGAGUCCCUAAGCUCUGAGCAUGACCUCUCAGGAGACAGUCAGCGGGCCACCAUCACUGUAAUGGCUGCUCACAUGGAGGAGAACAACAGGACUUUCUACUUGAGCAGCCCGGAUUCGGCUGUUAGCACCCAGUGCCACUUCAGCCCCACGGCUCGUAAAGACCAGAGCAGUCCUGCUUUCCGUUGGCCCAGCCCCAGCCACAGCACAGGCUCUCUUGCUACAGAAGUAGGCUGUGCCCCUACUCUGCACCCCAAGCCCCAGUCCAGCCCACCAAUUCCUCCAAAGAGGAACACCCGCUCCCCAAAACUGGGCACCUCUAGCCUCUCAUCGUCCAUGUCUUCUCCAGUCCCACUUCCUGAACUUCCCAGACUACUGACCUCCAGCCUCUCUCCGUCUGUUUCAUCUCCCGUCCCUCUCACUGAACUCCCCAUGCUUUUCUUCGUCUCUACUAAAGAGGUCACUGCUGAGAACCAGAGCCCAGCACCCGAGCGAUGGCACAAGCCCCACCACCACAGCUCUGGCUGGAACUGCCGCAUUGAGGAAGAGGAGGAGGAGGAAGAAAGAGACCGGAAAGAGACUGAAAAGAAAAAGUUAGCCGCCAGUGCUGAGGCAACCUCUCGGGUGACAGGCGUAGUCAAUGGUGCUGCUGUCUGGAAGGAGGCCAGGGACUCGAAGGCCCACAGCGGCCCCCCUCCGCUGACAGAGCCAGGCACGGCCCCCCCAGCUGCCACUAACAAUGGUGCCUAUCAGGGGGAAACUAAGGGCAACGGCGCAGAGGCGGAGGGCAAGCAUAACGGGAGCAUGCCGGCAAAGCAACCGUUGCAUGGUGGCUCAUCAGAGCCGCUGGCACCAGGGAAGGGAGCUACCAGCCAUGACCCCAAUCCACCGCCUCCCCCACCCAAGAAACUGCACAGGUAA